AUCUCACCCCGCUUCCGCCGCCGCGCUCGCUCUUCAGCUUCUUCGGCAUCGCAACCACUCACUCUCUUCAACCACCGCGAGCUCAGCAUCAUCCAUCCGCGGGAAGGUCAUGACGAUCCUCUCUCACCUCACUGCGUACAGCUCCCAGGCCGAACGUGAGUUCAGGAGGCAGCAAACCCAGCUGCAGCAGCAGCAGCAGCAGAUGCGACGCGAUCAGGACAAUCUGCGACGGUCCCAGAACCAGCUUCGCAGGGAUCAGGAGGCUCUCCAGGCUGGUCGCGAGCGGCUGCGCCAGGAUCGUGAGCAGCUACGCAAAGAUCGUGAGCAGUUGCGAAAGGAUCGCGAGCAGCUGCAGCAGGACCUCCUUCGGAGGGAGAGUCAAGCCUUGGCGGAAGACUUCGCCGAUGACGUUCCCAUCGGCGGUCUUUCUUGCCAGAAGUGAACUGCAGUCGGAAUGGGGAACCAUGGUGUUUGGGUCAGCUCACCAGAAGUUAAUAGGAGUGAGGCUGCCACGCCAUGGUAGAUGUCUGUGAUAUAAGAGUUUUAUGGUUUUAGCACCUCGUACCUAUCGCAACUAAGUAUUUGUAGUUACACCUCUCCUGAAGUGAGAUCUGGGCUUUCAUAUAUCGGAUCUGUAGUACUAUCUACGUCUACUGUUGUUAAACUGUGGUAACUUUGUUCUACUUGUUAGAAAGUUUUGAGCACUGUUACUUAUUUGUCGCU